ACGGUCGUUCCACACCUCACUCGGAGCUCCCUGUGAAUCGCUAUGGACUUCCGAUGGCCAAAUUAGGAGUUAGCAAGGUGAAGAGAACGCCGCAAUACAAAGAAAAAAAUCACGUCUGGAGGGAUCGUGAUUCCUUGGCAACGUCUGUCAAGACGCCGCCCCCCUCUCCCCCCCAAAAAAGAGACUAACACACCGAGGGGUUCCCAGCAGCGAUGAAGAUCCGUGUGGUCCAGAUCUGGGGGUUUCUGAUGACGGUGCUGGGCUGGAUCUUCGUGGCCUGCACCAUAGCCAUGGAGGGCUGGAAGAUCACCUCCAUUGGUGGGAUGGGGGGCUCGUCAAUCAUCAAGAUAGCCUGGUUCUGGUCCAGCCUUUGGCGGGCUUGCUUCACCGACUCCACGGCCGUCACCAACUGCUACGACUUCCCCGUGCUCUGGUCCGUGGAUGGCCACAUCCAGAUAGUGCGUGGGCUGCUAAUGGGGUCGCUGGCGGUGGGCGCGCUGGGCUUCGUGCUCAGCAUGAUGGGCAUGGAAUGCACCUUCCUGGGUGGGAAGGAGAAGCCCAAACACAGGAAGGUCUACGCAGGGGGAUGCUUCCACAUACUCAGCGGUAUCCUGUCAACGUGCGGGUAUGUGGUCUAUGCCCAGUACGUCUCUGGAGAAUACUUCAACCCCCAUUUUGAAGGACUGAAGUUUGACCUGGGGACCCCUCUCUUCCUGGGCUGGGUGGGCUCUGCGUUUCACAUUACUGGCGGAUGUUUUUACCUGUGGGCCUCAUGCAAGCCGCUGUGUGGAGGAAAAGUGACGACUAUCGUGAUUCCCGCCGUUCUUGAGCUUCCUGAGACGACAACGGCCUUGUCCACCGUGUCUGAGAUCCCAUCCAAGAGCAAGGUCUCCACCUCCUCCACCUCCUCCUCCUCUUCCUCCACUGCUCGUUCCGAUGUGUCCGGGAUCUCGUCGAGGGCCGAACAUUCCUCCGGGUCUUCCAGGUCUUCCAGGUCAUCCGGGUCUUCCAGGUCGGCGGGGCGGCCCUCUCGGUCCCGGGCCGCCAGGUCAUCAGCCUCGGAGUCGGGCCGCUCGUCGAGGUCCAGCCGGUCGUCUCGCUCCAGCGGGGCUGGGGGCGCUGGGACAGUAUCGUCUCGGUCCGCUGGGUCCAGGAGUGACCGCAUACCCUUCUUGAAUACCAACUACGUUUGAAAUAUAUUUAAAGGUGACAUAUCAUACCAACAGGUGUGAGUGGGAUUAACC